GAAACAAGCAGGUACCUCCUCCUGGGGUAAGAAAUGGGCAGGUACCUCCCCCUGGGGUAAGAAAUGGGCAGGUACCUCCUCCUGGGGUAAGAAAUGGGCAGGUACCUCCCCCUGGGGUGAGAAAUGGGCAGGUACCUCCCCCUGGGGUAAGAAAUGGGCAGGUACCUCCCUCUGAGGUGAGAAAUGGGCAGGUACCUCCCCCUGGGGUGAGAAUGAACAGGUACCUCCUCCUGGGGUGAGAAAUGGGCAGGUACCUCCCCCCAGGGUUGAGAAUGAACAGGUACCUCCUCCUGGGGUGAGAAAUGGGCAGGUACCUCCCCCUAGGCUGAGGAGUGAACAGGUACCUCCCCCUGGGGAGAGAAUGAACAGGUACCUCCUACUGGGCUGAGGAGUGAAUAGGUACCUCCCCUGGGGUGAGGAAUGAACAGGUACCUUCCCCUGGGUGACAAUGAACAGGUACCUCUCCCUGGGAUGAGGAACGGGCAGGUAACUCCCCCUGGGUUAGAGUGAACAGGUACCUCCCCCUGAGGUGAGAAUGAACAGGUACCUUCCCCUGGGGUGAGAAGUAACAGGUACCUCCCCCUGGGGUGAGAAUGAACAGGUACCUCCCCUAGGGCUGAGAAGUGAACAGGUACCUCCUCGUGGGGUGAGGAACAAACAGGUACCUCCCCCCAGGCUGCCACCCAUGGUGGGAGGCUCUGGAUGCCCGUGGGAGGCUCUGGGUGUCCCUGUGCUGCUCUAGAUGUCCAUGGGAGGCUCUGGGUGUCCGUGGGAGGCUCUGGAUGCCCGUGGGAGGCUCUGGAUGUCCCUGUGCUCCCGUGUCUGUCUGUGCGGCUGCGGCGUGGCCGGGAAAGGGGGCGGGGUGGUUGUCAGAGUUUUAUUUAAUAAAGGAGCUUCCUCCCAUCCGUUUUACUGAUGUUGUACAGAGAAAAAAAAAAAAAAAAAACAAAACCAACCCUCAGUGGGCAAAUGAAGCGGGCUGCACUUGUGAGUUUUUGGCUGUUUGAUGCUGUUCAGUGAGAUGUAAUUACGGAGAUAAAAGUUUAAGUCCCGCUCGCACGGGAAUUGGACGGGGCCUGAAACUGGGACACAUUUCCCUGGGACACGGCUGGAUGGCAGGGCUGGGCUGGCAGCACUCACAGAGCGUGGGGGUGGGAUGGUUUCCUGCCCAGUUUUGUGUUUGCAGGGCCGGGGAAGGGCUGGGCUGUUCCCUCGGGCUCCCAGCUGAGCUCUGGGCUCCCCAACCCGGCCCCUGCCUCGUCCCGUCCCUUCCCACGGGCAUUGCUGGGGACUGGGGGUGCUGGGAUUUGUCUGAGCUCAAACUGCAGUGUGUAGGAGAAACAUCUCCCUCCCAAACCGGAGCUGCUUCCCCUGCACAGGUUUGUCCCUGGGGAGUCCUGGGGAGUCCUGGCUCUUUGGUGCCUUUAAUUGAUCGCACCUUGAAACUGAAAAACGUCUCCUUCGGUCAGCGCUGGGGCUGGGCUGGUUGUCCCUGGUGCCACCAGAGCAGGGAGGGAGCAGAGCCCACCUCGGUGCCCCCGUGGUUGGUGCUGCUGAGGAGGGGGGCUCUCCCUGGGCUGGUGGAAGUGCAGUGAUUGCUGCUCCUGCACUCUGAGAGGGGAAGGGAAACAGAGAGCAAAGCACUGGGCAGGGUGGGGCGUGAAACAGCCGAGAAACAACCCGUUUAUCCAUCACUCUGGGUUUAGGUCUGGAGAAUAAACGUGUUCCUGGGUGACAGCCCCCGAGGGGGAUGUUCCACGGUGGGGGUCACUGCCUGGGCUCUGCCCUCCCCAAGGGAUGUGCCCCUGGGGAUGGAGGGGACUUUCCUGGCUCCUCAGCUGAUCCGUGUUGUCUCUUCUUCCAGGGAUAACGUUAGUUCAGGCUGCUCCAAGCCUUGGACACUUCCAGGGAUCCAGGGGCAGCCACAGCUUCUCUGCCCAACCUGGGCCAGGGCCUGCCCACCCUCCCAGCCAGGAAUCCCUUCCCAAUCUCCCAUCUCUCCCUGCCCUCUGGCAGUGGGAAGCCAUUCCCUGUGUCCUGUCCCCCCAUCCCUUGUCCCCAGUCCCUCUCCAGCCCUCCUGGAGCCCCUGGAUGGGACUCAGCAGCCUCCUCUUCUCGUGAACAUCGGGCAGCCGAGCCAGGGGCUUUGCCAGAGGCUCUGGGAGCACUUUCAGCUCCCUCAGCAGGGCUGGUGUCACCUGCCUGGUGUCACCAUCGAGGACCUGCACCAGGGACUCGGAGCUCUUUGGAUCAGCUCUAGUGAGGUCCCUGAACUCUUCUCCUCCGAGCCUGCUUGGGAUAGACCUGGAAAAUCCCCUGGGGAAACAGUGCUUGAGGGAAAACAGCCUUGGCUGCUCCUGCUUUUGCCCCCCUCGGCCUGGCUGUGCUGUGUCAGAGCAGGGCCUGAGGGGACACGGAGGAUGCUCCGGGUGGGACAGGGACAGGACAGGAGAGAACGGCCUCCAGCUGUGCCAGGUUGGAUAUUGGGACAAUUCCUUCCUGGAAAGGGCUGUGCAGCCCUGGCACAGCUGCCCAGGGCAGGGGGGGAGUCCCAUCCCUGCAGGGAUUUAAAAUCCCUGUGGAUGUGGCACUCGGGGACGGGGCCAGCGGUGGCCAGGGCAGUGCUGGGGGAACAGCUGGGCUGGGUGGACUCUGAGGGUUUUAUUCAACCCAAAUUAUUGCCAGUGCCCGUGGCAGCUCUCUGCUUGUGGGGAAGGUCCCUGUGGGUGUGUAAAGACCCUCUGGCCUACCCAGGUGUGGUCAGACCCGGCUUUGGAGCUCUCUGGGCUCCAGGGGAGCGGCCGGGCUGUCCCUGCCCCACGAGUGGAGGUUCUCAGGAACUCGCUGCUCACCCUCCAAGGGUCAGAGCUGGGGGCUGUGCUUCAGGCUGGAGACUUCCAAAUCCACCCCCUCCCUCCCCAUGUCCCAGUAGGGACACUGCCCUGCCCCUGUCCCUUGGGGUGUGUCCCUGGCAACCCCCAAAUGGCUUCUCCCCCCCGGGUCUGGACUCGGGGGGCUCAGGUACUGCAGUGGGUGUGAACUCCGGUCUGUUCAAUGCUAUUACUGAAAUAUUUAUUGUGUUCAAAACCAAACAAACACACAAACAAACAAACCUAUUAAAGAUCAGUAAAGAAUAAA